UUGUGAGAAUUGAGAAGUGAGAACCACAAAAACAUCAUCCAAUCCUCACAUCUUACACAAACCCAUUGCCAGAGUCCUUGAAUUCUCAUGGCAGUACUCUCUCCCCCAUCUUCUUCUUCUACAAUUUCUAUGCCCAAACGAAUAUACCCAUCAAGGCUGCAGCAGCAGAAGAGGUUGGUAAUCACCAAGUCUGAGUUGAAAGACCCAUCAAAGCUUGAAAUUGGGUCUCCAAUAAUCGUAGUUGAGGCUCCCAAGUACUUGAAAACUGCAGAUUCUGUGCCUUGCCUCAGGGCUAAUCCUGGCUUAGUCAAGCCUGGAGAUGUGGGCAGGAUUGUAUCAAGAAAGCCAAAAGAUGUAUGGGCAGUUCGUCUCAACAUUGGCACUUACCUAAUCGAUGGAAAAUACUUUAAGCCCUUGGAGGUUGAUGAGUGAACCAUAAUGCGCCAUGAAGAUAUAUAUGCCAUCAACACUGUGUAUCCCCUAUUUCAACAUCAAUAAAAAAGUGCUUGCUAUUGCUUCACAAAACUUAGAGUCAUGAAUACAUAUAAGAAUAUUGUACAGAUCAGAGUAAGAUAUUUGCAAAAUUUCGUGCAUAAAUUUGUAUGGUAUGUACGAAAGCGAUGCAUGGAUGCUUCA